GGCCGAGCAGCCGCGCUGCCUCCCGGCCUCCCCGGAGCCCCGCUGCGCCCGCCGGGGCUGGAGGUGCCGCGGGAGCCGGGCGCGGAGGCGGCCUUGGGUGUCACGAGCGGCUCCGGCCUCAGCAGCAGCCCCACGUGGGCGGCCCCGUCGCAGUCAGGAUCCGAGCUGACAGCGGCGCGGGGGGAACUGCACCGGGGCGACCGCCGCCUCUUGCCAUGGACCUGUCCGGGUGCCAGCCCUCGCCGCCGCUUGGAUGCUGAUGUGAGGCAGCCCAGGGGGGUGUCCUGAGCUCCCUCGCUGCCCCCCCCAGCCCCAGCCUCCCCCGAUGCAUUCGCUGCUGGAUCGCAAGAAGAAAGCAGGCGGCUGCGUGGAUGCUGGGCUGGAGCUGCGGGCUGCAGGUUCCCUUCCCCAGCCUCAGAGGAUGUUCAGCUGCGUGGGCUGCUUCUGGGUCCUCCUAUCCUCCUGCCUGGUGGCCGUCUGCAGCUUCAGCUUCCUCUCCCCUGCCUGGAUCGUGAAGGAGCAUCACCUCCAAGCCCACGGCGGGGUCAGCUUCGGCUUGCUGUGGCACUGCUCCGAGACGCUGGAGCAGAUGUACAGCUGCUACACCUUCGGGGGGCUGGGCAAGUUCCACGAGAUCCCCUCCAGCGCCUGGCAGACGAGUGCAGUGCUGUGUUCUGGAGGCUGCGCUCUCUUGGCCAUCAGCUGCCUGCUGGCGAUCAUCGCUAUAUUCCUGCCCAGCGGGCUCUGUGAGAGACGAGUGUGCACCCUGGCUGGCUACAUGCAGACAGCAGCGGUAUUCAUCAUGGCGUCUGGACUUUUGGUUUAUCCUUUUGGCCUCAGCUCUGCUACAAUGAAGAAAUUCUGUGAGAAUUCAAGCAUAUACAAUGCAGGAGACUGCCAGAUUGGAUGGGGGUACAUGUUGGCAAUUGUUGGAGUCAUGUUAUCUGUCUUUUUACCAUUCUUUGCAAAAUAUGCACCAAAAGAGUACAUAUCUCCAACUCCAAUACCUACUAUUUUAUAGUAUUUUAUUAGUAUUUAACAGCAAAACAUUCCUUUUAAUCAAUGGGCAGAAAGUAUUAUAGCACUUCCUUUUAGCUGUAUGGCUAAAAAAAAAAAAAAAAAAAAAGGGGGGGAGAGAGAGGG